AACCCGGACCCCGCCCCGCCCCUCCCUAGCCCCGGCCCGGCCCGGCCCGCAGUCAUGGAGCGCUGGCCUUGGCCGUCGGGCGGCGCCUGGCUGCUAGUGGCGGCCCGCGCGCUGCUGCAGCUGCUGCGCUCAGACCUGCGUCUGGGCCGCCCGUUGUUGGCGGCUCUGGCGCUGCUGGCCGCGCUGGACUGGCUGUGCCAGCGCCUGCUGCCCCCGCCGGCGGCACUCGUGGUGCUGGCUGCUGCCGGCUGGAUCGCGUUGUCCCGCCUGGCGCGCCCUCCUCGCCUGCCCGUGGCCACUCGCGCGGUGCUCAUCACCGGUUGUGACACUGGUUUUGGCAAGGAGACAGCUAAGAAACUGGAUGCCAUGGGCUUCACGGUGCUGGCCACUGUGUUGGAUUUGGAUAGCCCUGGUGCCCUCGAACUUCGUGCCUGCUGUUCCCCUCGCUUAAAGCUGCUGGAGUUGGACCUAACCAAGCCAGAGGACAUCAGUCGAGUGCUGGAAUUCACCAAGGCUCACACCACAGGCACUGGCCUGUGGGGUCUGGUUAACAAUGCUGGCCUCAACAGCGUAGUGGCCGAUGUGGAGCUGUCUCCAGUGGCAACUUUCCGAAACUGCAUGGAGGUGAACUUCUUUGGUGCACUUGAGCUGACCAAGGGCCUCCUGCCACUCCUGCGUCACUCAAGGGGACGUAUUGUGACCAUUGGCAGCCCAGCAGGAGACAUGCCGUAUCCCUGCUUGGCAGCCUAUGGAACCUCCAAGGCAGCUGUGGCACUGCUUAUGGACACAUUUGGCUGUGAACUGCUUCCCUGGGGUAUCAAGGUCAGCAUUAUCCAGCCUGGCUGCUUCAAGACAGAGUCGGUUACCAAUGUGAACCUCUGGGAGAAGCGCAAGCAACUGCUGCUGGCCAACCUGCCUGGAGAGCUGCUGCAGGCCUAUGGCGAAGACUACAUCGAGCACUUGCAUGGGCAGUUCCUGCAUUCACUCAGCAUGGCAGUGCCUGACCUCAGCCCAGUUGUAGACGCCAUCAUUGAUGCACUGCUGGCAGCUCAGCCACGCCGCCGCUAUUACCCAGGCCGUGGCCUGAUGCUCAUGUAUUUCAUCCACCACUACCUGCCAGAGAGCCUACGACGCCGCUUCCUGCAGAAUUUCUUCAUCAGUCACCCUCUGCCCCGAGCACUGAGGUCUGGCCAACCUGGCCCUGCUCCUGCUUAGGACACACCCCAGGACCCAAACCCUUCCCUAGUGGCAGCUCGGUGAGCCACAAAUGGCCUAAGUGCUCCAGCAAAAGAGGCUCCAUGAGCCCUUGGCCCUUUUUCCUAGUUAUUAUAAACCCCUCAACCUUGCCCUAGAACAACAGUUUUUAACCUGUGGGUCGUGACCCCUUUGACAAAUUUCUAUCUCCAAAAAUAUUUACAUUAUAAUUCAUAACAGUAGCAAAAUUAGUUAUGAAGUAGCAACAAAAAUAAUUUUAUGAUCUGGUUCCAUAUCAUGAGGAACUGUAUUAAAGGGUCACAGCAUUAGGAGGGUUGAGAACCACUGCCAUAGAGUCUAUGUUAAGAAAAGCCCAGACUCUACUGCUGAUGCCUAGUCCAGGCCUGGGAAGCUGAAGGUUGCUAGUGAACCUCUGGACCUUUCCACUGCUUCAUGAACCCACACAUACCCUACCAGAUACAAUGCUCCACACUGCCGCUUGGAGAACCCAGCUGGAUGGAGAGUUUGGUGAGAGAUUAUCUGUAGCCUUUGAUAGGAUUCUACAGAUCAUUUCUCUGCAAACUGAAGAGUGAUUAGGCAGGUGGGCAUCUCCUCAGGAUUCUCUCGGCACCAGUGCCUAAGUGCUGCAAGUCCAGAGUAAAUCCCAAUUGCCUCUUGACUGGCUCAAGAAUUAGGUCCCCAACUACCUGCUCCCAAACCACAGGGAAGCUACACAUUGCACUUGUCUGGUUGUUGGCAUUUUAAAAUAAAGACACAUUUUUAUUUCUCCUAGAAUGGGGGAGAUCAGUGUUUCAAGGAGGUGACUGCCUGGUUGCCUGGGUGACAGGGUGUGAUUACAUGAUACUGCCAGGGAUAUCCUGGGACCAGCAGAGGAGCUGAUUGGGCAUCCCAGGCACUCUGUGGUUCAUAUUCUCUUCUACUGACCUCAGGCAAAUACUCGAACUGGGUUUCUACACAGUGAGAUGAAGACAGUGACUGUUUUGGAGAGUUACAGGGCAUGUGAGCAGUGAGUGAGGUCUGGGGCCCCCAGACCCAAGACACACCUCUCCAACAACCCCACCUCAGCCUGUCUCUGUGCCUGAGCUCCAGCAGAAAGAGCCUCCUCCUUGUGGUUGCCGACCACAGCAGAGGCUCAAUCAAGGGUGCAGUGCUGAAGAGAGCUGGGAGUCAAGGAGAGGUACUAGGUCCCAAAGGAGGUAGCAGACAGUAGGCUUUUUUAAAGAGGGGUAUUUUAUUGUCUCAGAGGGGCAGAACUGAGUUAGAGAGAGGGGCUGCAAAGCUACUUCCCCCAUACCCCAAAGACACCCCCUCUAAUCUUCCACAGAAGGGGAAGAAGGCUCACACUGCCCCAGGGGUUCUCAGGUUAGGGAGGGGCGUGAAAGUGACACAAGUUUCUUAGACAUGUCAGCGGCUGUAAACAGAGGGCUGGGGGGCUCUUUGCUCUGGAGGGGAUCUUGGUCCAUUCUUUAUCAGGGGAGAGGUCCCUAACCCCUUUUUAGGCCUAAGAGUAGUCCCAGAGGGGGUCAUGGAAGCUGGGCAACCCCAGGACGACAUGCUACACCUCACCAGGUCAGACACUUAGUGAGCCAUGGGCUUCACACAGCA